AUGAUUAUGACACACCCUCUAUUGCUAUUAGUGAUCAAUAUGUACUAUGUGGAUUGUAAAAAUACUGCAAAUGGCAGCAUCCCAUUGAACGAAAUUGAACGACAACAAAAUGAGAUUCUUAAAAACCUCACCAGAGAAAGGGAGAUGUCCCAGAAAUUGGAAUCAAAAAUUAAUGAAUUCAAUCCGAAAAUAUCGGAUCCUUCCAAAAUUGGAAUAGAUGUUAGUAGCGAUACUGUAGUGCCUCAAACUGCAAACGGAGCAAAUUUGAACAACCCUGCUGCGAAAUAUAACUACACUCCACCAGUCAUUAUACUUCUUCCCGAGGAUACCACUGAAAGGGACCUAUGGGAAUACAAGGUGGCAAAAUCGUGUCUAAAAGGCGGAUUCAAAGCGGCAUACAAGGGGGAUAACCUUACAAUAGUAGAAAUGGCAGACGAUGCAGCUUCUACAAUUGAAGAACUUCGGGAGCACAUAAAUAAGAUAGAUAAACAGAUUAAGGAGUAUUUACAAAAGGGAGAUAAGUUUAGGAGUGAGCUCAAAGAGUUAAGAGGGAAGAGGCAAACUGAUAAAAACAAGAGAGAGAUAUUAUAUUUAGAGAGGAAGAUAUCUAGAUUAGUUAAACACCUAGAUUCCUUGGAUAUGAGGAAGGAAAAACUUAAGAAUAGGCUUAAAGCAGCUAUUCUGUUCAAACCAAAGGAAGAUAACAAUGAUCAGAGGACUGAUGAUAAUGAUAAUUAUGAAUGA